AUGGGUUGUGCAAACUCUUUACAAUACAAGAAGAAUUCAUUAAAACACAUCAGUCCAAACAAAGACCCAAUUAAGACACGGAUAAUAUUUACUUUAAAAUGUAAUACAGACAUAACUCCAGUUGAAAGAAAAGCGGUUCAGCAAACCUGGCCAGCAUUGGCCACAGACUUACAAGGUAACGGUUUACAAAUUUUUCUUAGAAUAUUUGAAAUUUCUCCGGAAGUCAAGUUCCUGUUCCAUGUUGAAAAUGUUCGGCAUUCACAACUUGCAAGAAACGCCACAAUAAAGGCGCAUGGCAAACGUUUUAUUAAUGCCAUCGGUUCGGCUGUGGAUAGUUUAGAGGAGAUCGAUAAAGAGGACAACAAACUAUGUGAAUUUUUAUUUACCCUUGGACAACAGCAUCAGAAUUAUAAGGGAUUUAAGCCAGAAUACUUUGAAAUAUUUUAUGAAGCAUUAAUGUGUCAGUGGGAACGCUGUAUGGGUGAUGGAUUUACACCGGAAGUAGCAAAUGCAUGGAGUCAUCUGUUUGUGUUCUUGAUGGAAAAGCUUAAAGAAGGGUAUUACUCGCAUGAGGCGUCAUUUGAAGCUCACUUAAAAAAUCAAAAGCUUUACAGUUAACCUUGUGACAAAUAGCGUACAACAAAUUCUGUGAUAAGAAUGUUAAAUUAUUUUCAUGUUCUAGUGAAUUCGUUAUUAACGUUCUGGAAAUUUUAUUCAG